GUAGCAAAAAGAAAAAAAAGCUAUACGGAAGUGCGCGCAAAAAUAGAUCGAAAAGGGAAGCGAAUUUCCUUUACAGAGAAUAUUGGAUUAAGGGUACGUAACAAAAAAAGAAAAGAAAAAAAGCGAGGAAUAAUGUAACGAAGGGUGGCCCUCGCCGUCAGCCCUCUCCGUUCUCAUAGGACUUCGUUGUAAAACCUGCAAUCAAGUCCCUCCCCCCCCCGCGAGUUUAUACGACAAAAACUACGCGAGCAUCGAUUCUAAAUAUACAUUGCAUUUUCUGCGUAUUUCGCUGACGCGGCCUUUCAUCGAGAGACCCAGCCCUUUCAAUAAUUCGCGCGGCGUUUACCGCAAAGUUUCUCACGGGGAUGAAAGGGGUGAUGCUAGAUCGACUCGAUAGUUCUUUAUCUCACGGUCGGAUUAAAUAUGAAAAUCGCUGAGCGCGCUUCUCAAAGUCGCGAGCAUAAGCGCCGGUUAAAUAAUUGAUUCGCGACGCGCAAUCGCGGUAAGCACAAUUCCUCUCAUUCGGUUGCUUCUCCUCGACAAGUCAAGAUCUAGCCGUUGGCUAUAGACAGGUGUCUAUAGACUGUCUAUAGACACUUGUAUCUCUAGACAGUCCGAGUCGAAACGGCAGUCAAAACCAUCGAGAUUCUUGCGAUUCUUGAGAUAUACGGAUGUAUCGCACGCGAUUGUCCUUAUUUCGGGCUGUCCGAAAAGUGCUAGAAAGGGCCUCAAGAUCUCAGUAAUUAUUUAUUGACAACCACCGUUCCCAGUAUCGUAAAAAUACUAUUAGUCUUUAGCAAAGAUGAUCAACAAAUGGAUAUACUCGCUACUGCUGCAAGAAAAUUAGGAUGGAGCGUGUCAAUAGCGAAAGAUGCGGACAAAGCGAUAGAACUUUUUCAAAAUCGUGCUCACGAAUUAGUAAUUAUUGAUCAUAGAGGACAUCACGCAGCUGAAGGCGAUGUUAUUUGUAGAGCAAUCAGAUCAAGUCCGAUUUAUCACAAUUCUAUCAUAAUAGCACUCGUGAAAAAAUCAUAUUUCAUGCUCGAUGAGAAAGACCAUAUUGUGGCACUAAACUUGUUAGAAACAGGCUUUAGUAGAGCACUAAUGGAAUGUUCACAUGAAGGUAUAUUAAUAAACGAAUUAGUAGGAAUAUAUACUAGCUCAUUAUUACCGAGAACACAACUCUCAGCAGCACAUGCAUUGUAUUUGGCACUUGAUAGAUGUCGGGAUAUGGUGCAUGUGACUAAUGAUAAAAACAUUAUACAGUUUCUAAAUAAAAUCAGCGAAAAAUUAUUAGGAUAUAAAACAGAGGAAAUGAUGGGGAGAAAUCUCUCGGAAAUAAUCUAUUACGAAAAUUUUCCUCUGAUGGAGCAGCAAUUGAGCAAAGGCCGGGAAUUCGAAGGAAAUAUGAAUUGCAGAAGGAAAAACAAUCAAAUGAUUACGAUUAGUUGCAGGAUAAUUCCAUUUUGUACUACGUUAAAAAAACCGACUCAUUAUAUAUACGUAUAUGAUACUACGUAUCUGUCGGACAACUCAGCAUCGAUAAGCCCUGUUGGUAGCCCAUCGCAUCCUUCGUUCAGACCAAGCGUAUUGUAUACAAAUACGCGGAAACCUUCGGAAAAAUCUGGUGAAGGCCGCAGACGAUCUAGCUUGCAAAAAUUACAUAGCUUGCAACUAGAAGCUCCUAUCACUAAAGUCAUUACGCUACUUUCAAAUGCAGUCACUGAUACUAAUCCGGAAACAGCGGCACAGAUUGAUAAAGCAAUCAAUAUCUUAAAGACGACGGAACUUUACGUGCCACAUCUUAAGGAAGAUAAAGGGAUAUACAGUGAUCCAGUUGCGUCGGAUCUCGUUGGCGCGUUACUUGCUCCGCGCACAGCAUGGGAAUCUAGAAGGUCGUCAUCAGAUUCCGCGAGAUUAUCCACUAUCAAAGCUAUCACGAGUCCGGUUAAUUCGCGUGUACAGAUGAAGAAUUUCCGGGGGCCGCAAGAAAUUGCAGAGAUACUUGAUAAUAGUCUCGACUGGGGCUUUGAGAUAUUUAAGCUUGAAGUACUGACGGAGAAGAGGCCGCUCGUUUUUUUGGGAUUGACAAUUAUGAAUUUGUAUCAAGUGCCCGCGAAAUUAAAUUGCGACGAGAGAACUCUGCAAAAUUGGCUAGCCAUCAUUGAACAUAACUAUAAUGCGGACAAUAGCUAUCAUAAUUCAACGCAUGCGGCUGACGUUUUGCAAGCGACUGCGAGAUUCAUGCAAUCGAAGAGACUCAAGGAAGUUUUGGAGCCUUUAGAUGAAGUUGCUGCCUUAGUCGCCGCAGCUGCACACGAUAUUGAUCAUCCUGGACGGUCCAGUCAAUUUCUUUGCAACGCCAAUAAUCGAUUGGCAAUACUCUACAAUGAUCUGUCAGUUCUCGAAUCACAUCAUGCAGCCUUAACAUUUAAACUGUCAUUAUCCGACGAUAGUGUAAAUAUCUUUAAGAAUCUGGAGCAAGACGUAUACAAACUGUUGCGACAAAAUGUCAUUGACAUGAUUCUGGCGACCGAAAUGACAAAGCAUUUCGAACAUCUGGCGAAGUUCAUGAAUGUCUGCAGCGCGAGAAUCGGUGACGGACAAGAGAGUUAUUCAGAUUGUCUAGAUAUGUCUGUAAUAUUGCAACCAGACAACGUAAUAUUGGUUAAAAGAAUGAUGAUCAAAUGCGCAGACGUAUCAAAUCCAACGCGGCCAUUAAAGUGUUGCGUCGAAUGGGCGAGACGAAUCGCCGAAGAAUAUUUUAGUCAGACUGAUGAAGAGAAAAGAUUAAAGAUGCCAGUCGUAAUGCCGAUGUUCGAUAGAUUAACGUGCUCAAUACCAAAAUCGCAAAUCGGUUUCGUCGAUUAUAUCAUUAACGAUAUGAUCGAAGCUUGGGAUGUGUUUAUUGACAUGCCAGAGAUGGUGGGUUACAUGCGACACAACUACGAGAAGUGGAAAGAGUAUAAUGAACAGGGUAUAUCUACUUUGCAGGAUGUGGAAAAGCUACAACAACAUCCCGAUAUGCAAAUACUGUGAUCAUCUUAAUGGAAAGCACAUCGUUUUGUUUUGCAUUUCAUUAUAUUUAUGCUACGAUUAUCGCAAAAAACAUAUGUAUAGCAUUUACAUAUUUAAAGAUAGAACAGUGACGUCAUAUACGUUAUACGCUUUCAAAUAAUUUCUACGAAAACAUGUGUAAUUCCGUAUUUCUCAGACGUGUCUCUCACCUUAACAUUUUCCUUAUUUAUAUAUAACUCCAUUUUCUUCAAUGACACUUGCGCUAUUUUAAACAUACAUGAAGCACAUUAGUAAGAUAUGUAUAGUAUAAGAAAAGAAAUACCUUUGCAUAUAGCUUCCGCGACUGUGUUACGUCGAAUAAGAUCUUUGUUGCGUUUGAUGCAUGCUGGUCAUUACAUUGUACAUCUAGGAGCAGCUAGCAAAUAAAUAAGAAUUUUCAAUGA